UCUGGGUUUUUUUUUUUUUUUUUUUUAAUGGCGAUGGAAUCCAGAGGCGACGGCAUCCAAUUCCCUCCCUCUUCGUUGAAAACCCACGGAAAGCUAAUAGCUUUUCUUCUUCGUCUCUUCUUUAAUCCAACGUCUCUUUCGAUCUGUGUCACGAGCUCUUCUUUUUAGUACACGCUUGUAGGUGGGUACUUGGUAGUGGCUGCUGUUAAUGGCUGAUUCGGUAGAUGUCAUUUUGGAAUUCCUCCGAAGAAAUCGAUUUACAAGGGCUGAGGCUGCUUUGCGUGGUGAGCUCAAUAACCGCCUGGAUUUGAAUGGAUCACUUCAAAAACCCAUCUUGAAAGACAAGGAGCUGGGUAAUCAGUUGAAAGAAGAGGAGGAGGAAAAACUAGAGGUAACUCAGGUAAGUAACCGGGGAUCAGGUGCUCAAAGUAGUGCUGAAAUUUCUAAGGAACUUAUUGUGAAGGAGAUUGAGUGUGGUACAAGUAGAAAUGGCUAUGAUAGCAAAUGGAGGCCUUUCUCUUCUGUUGGGGAAAGAAAUAUGCCUGGUGAAUUAGCUGGAACGACUGAGAAGAGCUUCUCUUUUGCUCAAGGUUCUCAGGACAACCCACCAGAUCUGCAUCCGUUGAUAUUUAAUCCCAAUAAUGGUCCUUUUGAUCUAUUGCAGAAGGAUGGUGGUAGUGUUACUACCAACUUUUCAGGGCUUCAAAUAUCCGAGCAAUCAAAGCAUCGUUCUCAUGCUUCAGAUAAAGGAAACAAGGUUAUUGGUGUGAUGAAAUCUGGGGAAAGUCAUGCUGCAGAGUUGGGUGUGUCUGGGGAACAGAAAAAUUUAUGGCUUGGAAGUGCAAGUGCAAGUGCAAAUAAAUCCAGUUUUGAACUGAAAUUUGAAAGGAGUCAGAUAAAUGAGCGCAAAGAACUUGGUCAGCAAUUUGGACCUAAUCCUACAUCCUCUAAGGAUGGUUUAAUGGAUGGCCUGUGGUCAAAUAAUGAGGAACCCACACAUUCAUCUUCAGAUCCUUGGAAAGAGUGCUCUGUCAAGACUGUUUUCCCAUUCUCCAAAGGUGAUGCAUCAACUAGUUAUGAUAGUGAUCUUGCUUCUGGUGACAAUAGGAAAGAGGGAACGAGGAAAUUAGAGACCAAUGAUAUCAGGGCAGUCAUGAAGGAGCAGGUGGACGAGAUUGGAAGAGCCAUAUUUUUUGGGAAGUCUCAGGGAAUUUCAGAGCAGAAGAAUUACCGUAGCUUAGAUUUACCACUUAUUUCGGAGAAUCACAAGGAGGAGUUGCCAAGGUUGCCACCUGUUAAACUAAAGUCAGAGGACAAGCCGGUAAACAUUCAUUGGGAGGAAAAAUUUGAUCACCAUGGACAUGAACCAAAGCUCAACAACUUGGAUACCACUUUCUUGAUUGGAUCCUAUUUGGAUGUUCCGGUUGGACAAGAACUAAAUUCAGCAGGUUUGUUAUUAAAAUGUUUGGUCAGGAUUUAUGUUCAUGCAUUAGCUUAUCUGUGUCUUAAGUACUUGCUUUGGCAUCGUGCAUACAACGCUGACUGUUCUUUAUGCCGGUCCUUUUGAAUGAAAUUGUUUCAG